GACCGUUAUUUUGUUUACUUUGUAAACUCCUCGGUGUACGUCCUCCACCCUGGCCCCACACACCCCAUUUACCCCACCCCACCCAAGUCACCCUCUUUGGCCUCCGCAGUGCUCAGCAAUUUCUAUGACUCUGCUUUACUCAUAGAGCGAGGUGAUCGCAGCGUUUUGGUAACACAAUAAUCAGAGAAUGCAGCAUCAGCCCGUCCCACCAGGCACUUCCUUCCUUUCCCGAAUUGCAAGGGAGGGCUGAGCACUUAUAAAAACUUGGGCAUCAACUUUCAGGCAUGAAAGAAACUCCCCUCGACAGGGAUCGGAUGGCCACUGCAUAGAGCAAAGAGAGUAUUAACCAGAAGAAGCCAGUUCUCCUUUCGAUCCCAGAGCACGUCAAGGCUGCACCCCAGAGCCCGGGGAAGCAGGAGAAAUCGCAGUUGAUUUCACUUCCCUCUUAGCUCCACCUCCCCCUCUUCUUCCUCUCUGACGGCUGGCCUGAGAGAAUGCUGUCUCUCCUGCUCCCUCUCCUCUCUAUUCUGACUCUGGCUGAGCCGGGGCUCCCAACCUCCUCAGUUCCCCAGCCUGGCGGUAGCCAGUGCAUCGAAGACGACUGCUAUGCGAUCUUCUGGAACCCAGAGCAGUUCGCUGGGGCGAACAAGUUUUGCCAGCAGCUCGGGGGCCACUUGAUGACUGUGCGCUCCUCGGUGGCCGCGGAUGUCAUCUCUCUGCUCGCUUUCGGAACUCCUGAAAUCUCGUCCCCAGACGGUCGCCUUUGGAUCGGGCUACAACUGGGGGUGAACUGCAGCCACGAGCAAGAGGGCCAGCUGCGUGGAUUCAAGUGGGUCACGGGCGACAACAGCACCAGCUACAGUAAGUGGAAGCACAGUGGCCGUGGCGCCCUCUGCGGUAAUCAGUGUGUUGCCGUCUCCGGGGAUCCCGCCUCUGGUUCCAUGGAGCUGGUCUGGGAGGAGCAUUCGUGUAACUUGGUCACCGAGGGCUUUCUCUGCGAGUAUAACUACCCUGGAUCCUGCAAGCCCCUCAAUCUGGAGCCCAGUAUCGGUGCCAGUGUCAGCUACAGUACCCCUUUCGGGGGAAAGGGAGCUGACUUCCAGGCGCUGCCCCUCAACAGCCACGCCUCGGUAAUGCCUCUUGGUUUGGACCUUGUUUGUAGGAAGGUCGAGGAGACCCCGCGCUGGGUCAAGGAAAGCUUGGGAGCCUGGGACUGCGGGGUGGAGAAGGGGGGCUGCUCGCAGAUCUGCAGGCAGGACGGCGGGGCCCCUGAGUGUCUUUGCUCGCAAGGGACCCUUUCCAAGGCCGACUUGCGAUCCUGCCAGGUUGAGGGCGCCUCGUGCACCCACAGCCGUUGUCAGCAGUACUGUCUGCUCAGUUCAGACGCUCCAAGCGGCUACAUUUGCAUGUGUGACUCGGGUUACGAACUGGGCGAAGACGGGCACAGUUGCGUAGACGUCGACGACUGCGCACAGGAGACUAAUCCUUGCCCGCAGAAGUGCGUUAACAAGCCGGGCGCUUUUGAAUGCGAAUGUAACCCUGGCUUUGAGAUGCUAGAUGGGGAGUGUGUGAAGCAGAUCAGCCCCUGCUUCGGGAUCAAAUGUGAGCAUAAGUGUUUACCUUUGGAGGGGGGCACCUACCGCUGUACGUGCGAAGAGGGCUUCGUGCCCGUUCCAGAUCAGCCCGACAGGUGCAUGCUGUUCUGCAACACCACCGCGUGUCGGGCCAAAUGCAACCCCUACAAUGUAGACGACUGCAAGUGCCCGGAGGGCUAUAUUCUGGAUGAGAACCAGAUGUGCAGCGACAUAGAUGAAUGUGAAGCGGGAGAAUGCCCAGGAAAUGAAUGCAUCAACCUGCCGGGCAGCUUCAGAUGCGUCUGCGGGCCCAAGUACACACCCAGUGAGACAGAGCAGCAGUGUAUUUCCAUAGAAAUCAACCCCGUUGAUGGGGGCUCAGGAGAGCCCCCAUCCACCGAGACUCCAGACACCACCACCUCCCCACCCCCCCAAGGACAGGUCCAUUCGGUCGUGCUCAUCGGCAUAGCCAUUAGCAUCUUAUCCAUUAUCACAGUGCUCCUGGCCACCGUCUGCCACUUGAGGAAAAAGCAGUGUGCAGCUCGCGCUGCUCUGGAUUACAAAUGCGCAGGCCCGGGAAAGGAAGAGGUCUUGCAGCAGGUGCGCACGGAUUCAGUCCCUCAGAAACUCUGAAAGAGCUGGCUUAAGCUUCCUUCGACCCAGUGCAGAGAUGAGGGGAACUGAGUGAACAUUGAUGAGUUUGAUGAUAUUAAUAAUGACUUCAUCCCUUCUCCUCUCCACUCUCAGCCCUCUGCUCUCUGCCACAUUACUCCCCCAACACACAGCACCUUAAUUUUCUUUUUCAGAUCUGGGGAGACAUUAUUGCCAGAAACUUAUUUCCCGGAUGUAAGAAUAUCGGUGGGUUUAUGGGAGCUACAUUUAGGAAGUAGCUGGUAAAGACUCAUAACAUGGUGAGCCCUGUGGUCGUCAAUACAGAAUAUUGUAAGGUGUUAAUAUAGAUUACCAAAUGACUUCUGAUAGCAAUUUUCAGAGGCUUCAGAACUGUACUUUUACUGUGUAGCCCCAAAUCUGCUACCUUUGGGUGGAUUGGGAUAUGUUUGGAAUUCCUUGAUGGUGAUUAGGAUAUUUAUUUAAAUAUCUGCUUUACGUUUCUGUUUCUUACUUUAUUUUUAUUUUGUAAGAAAGACAUUUCUAGUUGUCUCUUUAUAGGUCCUUAAAAAAGUGGGGAUUCCUUUUAGGAUAUUAGAAAAAUCUACUUUAUCAUAUGACUUUAAAGCUUUCUCUGUGAAAUUAUAUUAUCUGUAGCUCUCACAAAUGUGAAAUUAAGAUUUUGAUUUGUUCAAUUAUCUCCCAUCCUUUACCAAGCCUCCCUCACCCACUGAGAGCUAGGAUACCUUUUACCUCAACAAAUUCAGUCUUUAAAUAGGAUGUCUUUUUAUCCUUUCAUCUCUCUCUGCUCAGGCUGUGACUUUUGGCCAAAUAAACAAUCACAAGGAGGAAAUAGAUUUUUCUUUUCUUCCCAAUUCUUAUAAAUUGUUACUCAAGUUCUUGCCUUACAUGGAUGGCAUAGGUUCAGUAAAGUUAAUAUGGACAAGGUAUUAAUUCACUUUGCGGGUUGGAAUAGAAAUAAAUAGAAAUCUCACUGUACAUAUCUUGUAUCAGGAUUCUGGUGCUUGAUUGAAUUGGAAAGUUGACAUUAUUGUUUGAUUUUUCUUUGCAGCUUACCUUUUGCCUUAGUAUGAUGGGGAAAAUGUUGAGAAGAUUGUUCUAACAUGUUAAAACCGAUGUGAGAAUGCAGGGAAGAACAGUGUCAGUGCUGGAUUUGGGUUCAGGAAAGUUGAAGCUGAAUGACCCAUUUUUGCUGUAUAUCUCUGUAGAGGAAAAGCCAGAGCUGAGGGCAUUUGUCAACAGGGUAAAACAUUAAUAAAGAAACCAUGAAGCUCGGUUGUUGAGAGAAAGCAUUUUGAAAUGGUGGUGGUGGGGAUGCCAGGAGAAGAGCCUAGAUCUUCAAAAAUAAAAGCCUUCAUUGAUCAGCCUCCUAGGAGAACUCUACUUAACCAUUUCAAAUUGUCUCUAUAGAUUCAGCUUCUAAAUUUCUAGAACUUCUCAAACAGGGGUCAAGAAGGAAGAAAUAAUAAGUCAAGUUUGGGGCUUUAUCUUAAAGAGGUGAGAAAGUUUUAUUUGCUAGGCUGUUUUUUUUUUUCUUAUAGAAAUGACCAGGUACAUAUAACUUGAGACUGCUAUGCCAGGUUGGAGAAUGUUUUUUGGUUCAGUUAAGCUAAAUUGAUGAAAUUAUUUUUCACCUUUUGAAAAAGAGCAAAUGUGUUAUGCAAAGUACCUUUUUUUACAGUAAAGUUUUUCUCUACUGUUUUGUAAACUUGGCACAUUUGUAAAUAGUUAUUUAUUUAUUGGAAAUAAAGAAUAGAGUACAGGCAAAAGCCUGGCUCCUUAUUUCACUUGUAGGAAAUAAAAAUUUUUACAACUGUUUAUGA